AUGGUAGAUAAUACAGUUAAUUUUGAUGACAUUCUUUCAUCAGAAUGGAAUAGUUGGUAUAAGAUAAAGGGAAAAGGAGCACCUAAGAGUAAAUACGAAGAAAACAAAAUAAGAAGUCUUUAAGGAGGUUUCAUAGCUAUUUUUAAUGAAGGACUUAUUUAAAAUAAAAGAGCUCCUGAAUUCAACUUUGAUAGUGAAGAAGAAUAAAAUGAAAUAAAAGUUUAUAAAAAUUUUGAUGAAAGCAAAUUCAAUUUUAACAGUUGUCCAUAGGAAGAAAUAUUGUUUUAUGUUAAUUUGGAUGAUGAGAUCAUAUUCACCAAAGAAUAAAAUAAGCAAUUAGAUGAAAAAAAUCUGGAUGAAUUUGAAAAUAACUGUGAUAAAUCUCUAAAUGAAUUUAUAAAUCAUCCAAUUAUAGCCAACGUAUCCCCAAUAGCCAAAAACCACAGUCUCAUUACUGUUUACCCAGAAGAAUGUUUGCCAUAAGUUAUAGGAUAAGACAUUCUCUCUCUUGUUUUAACAACUUUCAAACUAAGCAAUUCACCACAUAUGAGAUUAGGUUUUAAUAGUUUAGGAGCUUUUUCUUCUGUAAAUCACUUGCAUUUUUAGAUUCUUUAUGCAGAUGAGCUUUUCCCAUAAGAAAAGAUAUUCCCAAUUGAAAAAGCAAACAAAAAACUUGUUUUGUGCUCCACUUUGUAGAACGAUUAGGAAGAAAUUAAUAUGUAUUCAGUAGGAGUUAGAGUAGAAGAGUUAGUUGGAUAUAUAGUUAAAGGAUUGGUUUUCAGUCCAGUUGGAUCAGAAGGCUAAGAUAUUUCAGAUAUAUUUAGUAGUCUAGCUUUUGCAGUAGGUGCAUACACUAAUAUAUUAUUAGAUGAACAAAUUCCUCACAAUAUAUUUAUUUCUGAAAGAGGAUAAAAAAUUUAUGUUGUUCCUAGAUAAUAUGAAAAUGAAACUAAAGAUUAUCAUCAUUUAUGUAAGCCUGCUUUCUUAGAAACAGCUGGAGCAUUUAUUGUUCGUGAUUAAAAAUUCUUCAAUGAAUUAACUAUUGAAGGAGUUCAUUAAUUCUUUAAUAAAUAUGUGUAAUUGUCUGAGAGCUAAUUUAAUGGUACAGUAAGCAAAUUUAAGUCUUUGCUGUUGUAAAAUUUCUAAUGA